AUCUAGAUCAUUGUGAUUAAUUUCCGGCCACGCGCCAAGACUUCAAAGAGCUUUGAUUACACUGAGGUUAAAAACCAAGUGAAGCUCAAGAACAUCCAGGUCCUCUCUCAAACAUUGAUUGUCUUCUACUUUGCCCAGUGUCCUUGCCGAUCCAACAUUUGAAACUAUGCAAGUCCUUUGUAUUGUUCAGUUACUAUUGCUGCUAUCCUGGAGCAGUCCAACGAUAGGUCAAUGUGGAAAUGAAGACUGGACAAGCACAUUUGCAAUAGCUGGUGACUCUACUUCUCAAUGCACGAGUAGUGUCUCCUAUGUCAAUGGACUGAGAAGCGAGGGUUAUGGUACCCUGUUAGAAACUGGACCUGGUGUUGUUAAGGCAGCUAAAUGCUGCUCUGUUGACCAGCCAUACUCUCAGGAGAGUAAUGAUUGUUAUCAGGCCCAGUGGUGGACUGAUUUGCAGCGCCAUGAUUCGUGGGCAUUGUGCGAGAGGCCGGGAUACCAUCUACGCGGGUUUUUCACCGUUGGGAGAAAUUUCUUGGCUGACAUCGGCGAGGGUGUUUGCUGUAAACCCGAGAGUCACCCAGAUCAAGAUGGACCAUAUAGCGAUAUCAAUGUUAAUUUCACAACAGAUGGGAUGAAGCAGUGUCCAAAUGGCAUGUUCCUUAAGGGAUUGUACAAAACAACAUGUUCCACGAUAGACUGUCUAACGAAGAUCAGAUGCUCCGAAUUGAUUCCAGGAAGGGUUGACGGUGGCUGGUCAAACUGGGGAGACUGGAGUCCCUGCCCUGUGACUUGCGGGGGCGGCACUCAGAUAAGAUUCCGCGCGUGUUCAAACCCGCCACCAUCAAAUGGAGGAAGCAACUGUGUUGGAGAUCCGGUGGAACUACAAGGAUGUAACCUGAACCCAUGCUAGACACAUCGCAUGCGCCUGAAGAAGCCACAAGAAAGAUGACAACUGAAAAUAAUGCUGCACUUAAAAUCAUGUCACAGUAUCGCUGUUAAAAAAAAUUUUUAAUGCAAUAAAAAUGAUUUGAAGAUUUUAAAAAUU